CUGUGUUGCAGGCAUGGCUCGGCGGCGGAGUGGAACCGGCGACCUGAACGCAGUCUCCCGACUGCAGCCCACGCCUACCAACUGAGCGGACCAUGGCUCGCAACAUGUCCUCGUCGGACCGCAGUAUCCCUCACCUGAGGGACAUCUUCUGGAGUGGAGGCCCGGCCCCCGGGGGCGGCCAGGUCGGCGCCCACCCCCAGCCCGCGGCCCCCGCGGCCCCCGGCCGCACCGAGUGGCGGGUCACACCGCGCCAUGACGACAUGAGCGAGCUCACCUACCAGUUCCAGGGCGACGCCAGGAUCUCCAGUAGGGCGGUGAAAGGCGGUGGCAAGGACCAGCACAGCAACUACCACCACAACGGCAGCAGCCAUCACCACGGCAAACAGUCGGCGAACAACGACCUGGGCAACGAUAGCGCCAUCUCGGUGGGCUCCACGUCGGAAGAUGAGCAUCAGGCCGCGCCCACCAACAAGAAGAAGAGCAAGAAAUCCCGCGCCAGGGACAACGCGCGCACGCUCACCGAGCGCGACGUCAAGCACCUAGAGCGGCACCUGUCCAUGAAGAAGACGAUCCGGAAGAAGAUCAUGCGCGACCUGCAGCAGGCCUUCGUUGAAGACCCCACCGAGUUCCGCGUCGAGGACAUCAACAGCCACGAGCAGCUGAUCCAGAGUCUCAGUUUCGGCACGCCGUCCCGAUACGCGCAACGCCACACCAGCCGCGAGUCCAACUUCCUGGACAUGCUCCGCGCUAACGACCAGGGCAGCGCCCAGGGCGGGCUACAGGCCGCCAGUGCGUGCACGCCCUGCCCGCCCUGCGCGCCGGCCGCACGCCGUGGGGGCGGUGGCUGUGACGACCAGGACUCGGGCCACGGCUCGCCAAGAGGCUCGCCGACCAGGGACUUGUCUGCGGACCGGGGAAUGCCGCCCUCGGUCGCCUCCCAGCAGCAGCAUCUCGAUGAAUAUGACGACGGCACUCUCCCAGAGACGGACUCGUCCGGGAAGAAGACCAGCUUUUGGAGGCGUUUCACCAUGAAGGGGAAGAGUAAGCGAUGAGCGAGGGCAGCACGAGGACCGCUUGGCGCUCCUCCAACUAUAGAUCAAUACAAACUACAUUGAGUUCGGAAUGAUAAAUGAUUGUGUUGCUCUUGUACAACGAAUCUGUAAAUGAUUGCUUUAUCUAAGUUUGUUUUUGUCUAAUGGGCUGAGGUGUUUGUAGCAAUGUUAUGAGUCGAUUGCAAGCUGAAAUGGCAUUAACUUGUCGAAAGAGCAAACACUCCUUGAACUCAACAUCUUUGUGAUACUUUAAUGUAACUCUACUCUACAGGUCUGCUCAGAUAGCAGAUCAGAAUUUUGAAAUAUAAUGGAGGUAUUAAUAUUUUACUUUUUGUCAAAUAGAUGACCUACUGUAGUAGAUGUAUCUAGGAUUCAGCUUAUAGGUAACUAUCCUAUUCAGUUGUAAACUUUGUCUUUUCUGUUUGGAUUUUUAUUUAAUAUAGAGAUAUUUUGUAGGCAGACUGCUUGUAAAAAAGUAAAUAAACUAAAUUUAUAGUGUGGAUAGAUUGAGGCUAGUAAACAUGCAACUAAUAGCCAAUACAAGGAUUGAAGUUCAUUUAGCUUUCAUAGUUUAUUUAUACACACUAGACAUGCUGUUUGAGGUAAAUUUGGUCAGUAAAAGAAUGAGCUGCCUUCUAAACUUCUAUUUUGAAAAAUAAGAAUUGAAAGCAAGCCUGAACUUCCUUCAUCUGUUCUGUUCUCUGUCAAAUAAUGCUGUUCAAUAGGUGAACUACCUUCUUUUGAUUUUUUAAGAGCUCCUAGUGUACAAUGAAUUAAGAUAUGAUACAAGGAAAAAUUGAAUUAAUAAAAUUUGAUACACAUUUU